AGCAGCAACAGUAACCGGCUCCCAGCUUCCCGCAGAGCCGAGCCGGAGCGCAUCGCUUCGGGGAGAAGAUGGCCUCUGUUUGCUCCAGGCAGCAGAGCUGGGUGUUUCAGUGAAUCCUGGCGGGUGGUGGGUUUCCUCACAGGGCUUUCCUCCCCUGACGAUGAGAACGAUCCCCGCAGCAGCGCUCUCCCUCACACUACUCCAGGACAGCCCGCACUGUCUGCGUGAUGCAGCCCGGAGUCCGAGAGUUAACGUCCUGCUACCAGGAGGUGAUGGUCUGCCCCUCUCUCCACUGUCCACCUGCUUCUCUAUCGUUUUUCCAGACGUUACCAUGACUUCCAACGUUGGACUCUUUGCAUUUAUCUACUGGUGCUGCAAUGAUCCGAGGGCUGUAAAGUAAGACAAACGGUAGCAGAAGUCAUCUCAUUUGUCGCUGGCAUGAUGGCCAAUCUCAGUGAGCUACAAAGUGACACAGACAGGCUGUCAGUGCUCCAGCAGCUCGGUCUGGACCAAAACUCAGACUUUUCAGACUCCAGUGUGCAGCAGCGGCUGGAUGAGCACCGCGAGAAGAUCCGCAGAGAGAUCCGCAAGGAGCUGAAGAUCAAGGAGGGUGCAGAGAAUCUGCGCAGGGCCACUACCGACAAGAGGAAUGCCCAGCAGGUGGACUCACAGCUCCGCAGCUCCAAGCGGAAGCUUGAGUCACUCCAGGCUCAGCUCCAAGAGCUGGAUGCUCACAUUGUGGUCAAAGGCCAUGAAGAAAACAAAGAUUCAAAUAAGUCUCCAGGACCCGUCAACCAGACGUCCACCAAUCAGCACCGCAUAGCUGCUUUGGAGCGGCAGCUGAACAUUGAGCUGAAAGUCAAACAGGGAGCAGAGAACAUGAUUCCAAUAUAUUCCAGUGGCGGUACCAAGGACAAGAAGCUUCUCCAGACUGCUCAGCAGAUGCUGCAGGACAGCAAGACAAAGAUCGACAUCAUCCGCAUGCAGAUCCGAAAGGCCAUGCAGGCAACGGAGCAGUCUGAGGACAACCAAAGUAAGCCGGACCUGUGUGGGGCGGAGCUGCGUGUGGAGGAGCUGUGGCAUCACUACCGUGUGGAGCACGCCAUGGCUGAGGGAGCCAAGAACAUGAUGCGACUGCUGGGUGCGGGAAAGGUCCAAGAUAAGAAGGCCAUUGCUGAGGCUCAGUGUGGUUUGAGCGGCUCGUCCCAGCGUCUGGACCUGCUCCGAUGCUCUCUGGAACAAAGACUGCUGGAGCUGCCUGAGGAUCAUCCCAAAGCCUGCCUCAUCAAAGAGGAGCUAGUGCUGGCCUCCUCCUCAGCUUUCAGCUCCCGUCACAGCACCCCAUAUGUCCAUAACCAGUACAGCACCCUGAUCAAACCAUCACCCCUUACAGGCAGUCUUCAGGUUCGUCUUCUGGGCUGUGUGGGACUGCUGGAGGUCGUCCCAGGGAGAAAUAGAGGGACCCCUGUCGUUCUGCCUUCUUACUCCACACCAGAUGGACGCUCCUCAUUCAAACUGAGCGGCCUCUACAGCCGGAGCACCAGCAGCAUGAGCCUCAAGAUCCCCAGUAAGAACGAGGACCUCUCGUCGGAAGUGAGUGCCGUGCUGAAGCUGGAGAACACAGUGGUGGGUCAGACAGCUUGGAGAACAGUUGGAGAGCAGGCCUGGGACCAGACCUUCACUUUAGAGCUGGAAAGAUCCAGGGAGAUGGAGAUCGCUGUGUACUGGAGAGAUUAUCGCUCCCUGUGUGCUCUGAAGUACCUGAAGCUGGAGGAUUUCCUGGACAACCAAAGACAUCAAGUCCAGCUGGAACUGGAGCCACAGGGGCUGCUGCUGGCUGAGGUGACCUUCUUCAAUCCAGUCAUAGAGAGAGGCCGAAGACUCCAGAGGCAGAAGAAAGUCUUUUCUAAGCAGCACGGUAAAGCUUUCCUGCGGGCCCGUCAGAUGAACGUGGACAUCGCUACCUGGGUCCGCCUGCUGAGGAACGUCAUCCCGAGCGGAAGCAGCGCGCCCAGUUUCACAAGCAGCCCGCUCACAACCAGUGCAGGGGAAAUCUCAGUGGAGAAGCUAAACCUGGAAACUGACCAUCUGGUAAAACCUGAAGUCAAGACAGAUGUAGUGGACUCACCUGCUCCCGUGGAACAGACGCCGGUCAUUGAGCCUCCGUCCAAACCAGAAGUCCCUGUUCAGGAGACGCCAAUCAGAUCACAAUCCCACAACUCUUUAAGCAGGCCCAGCAAAGGACCUCUUUCCCUGCAGGACUUCAAGCUGAUCGCUGUUCUCGGCAGGGGCCACUUCGGGAAGGUGCUGCUAUCGGAGUACAAAAAAACAGGCAGCCAGUACGCCAUCAAAGCCCUGAAGAAAGGAGACAUCGUCGCGCGUGAUGAAGUGGAGAGUCUGAUGUGUGAGAAGCGGAUCUUUGAGAUCGUCAACGGCUCCCACCAUCCCUUCCUGGUCAACCUGUUUGCAUGCUUCCAGACGCCAGAACAUGUGUGUUUUGUCAUGGAGUACACGGCAGGAGGAGACCUCAUGAUGCACAUACAUGCAGACGUCUUUUCUGAGCAACGUGCUGUGUUCUACUCUGCCUGUGUGGUCUUGGGUCUUCAGUUUCUUCAUGACCACAAGAUUGUGUAUCGGGAUCUUAAACUGGACAACCUGCUGCUGGACACUGAGGGUUAUGUUAAAAUAGCUGACUUUGGGCUUUGUAAAGAAGGCAUGGGUUAUGGAGACAGGACCAGCACAUUCUGUGGGACUCCUGAGUUUUUGGCCCCAGAGGUGCUCACAGACACAUCGUACACCAGGGCAGUCGACUGGUGGGGCCUCGGGGUGCUCGUGUAUGAGAUGCUGGUGGGAGAGUCUCCUUUCCCAGGUGAUGAUGAAGAGGAGGUUUUUGACAGCAUAGUGAACGAUGAAGUACGCUACCCGCGCUUCCUCACCACUGAGGCCAUCGGCAUCAUGAGACGGCUGUUGAGAAGAAAUCCCGAAAGACGUCUCGGUUCUGGAGAAAAGGAUGCCGAAGAGGUCAAAAAGCAGCCUUUUUUCAGGGUAAUGGACUGGGAGGCACUCCUGCAGAGAAAAGUCCCGCCCCCGUUCGUUCCCAACAUAGUGGGGAAAGAAGACGUCAGCAACUUCGACGAGGAGUUCACCAACGAGGCUCCCGCUCUCACGCCACCCCGCGAGCGCCGAGCCCUCUCCCGUAGGGAGCAAGAUUACUUUAAGGAUUUUGACUACGUCUCUGACCUCUGCUAGGCUCCGCGGUCAGAGGUCAAAGGGUUAUUAGCUCCCCACUGCCAGCCACAGACUCUGAGAGGAGACUGAGAAGUGAAAGGCUGCUGUAAAAGCACAGAGGAACUUGAUGUUGAUGAGAAGCGAGGAGCACUCUCUUCUCCGCGUGCUCACGGUGAGACGAAGCACUGGCCGGGCCGAGCGUCAAUGAUUGCGCGUUCCAAACACAGGCAGUAACAAACAGACUGUCUUGAGGGUGGGGGGGUGGGGAGGUCACGAGAAGAACUGAAGAUAAUCCAGGUUAUCAGAUCCUGCUGUUUGUUUGAAACGCUCACAGAGCCUCAAAAUCACAAAGAGUGAAAAAAAUGUGAUGAUUCUGACAGGAAGCGCUCUUUUUUUCCUGCAUUUGCUACACUGUGUCGUCCCUUUAUCUCUGCUGUCUGUUGCUGCUACAGUGUGUGUUUAGCCAUGUGCACUGUCCUCUGCCUCAGUCAUGAAUGUAUCCACGUGAUCCGCAAUCAUGCACCACCCGUACAUUACCACCCGGGGGAGCCAGAGGAAAGAGGGGCUCUCUUCUUUUGAUUAAGCCAAAGAAAGGCAGGAGCAAGUGGACGGUCUUGCUCAGUCGUCUUUGUGUUGCGUUCCCACCGACUUUUGGUACAACACAGAUUUUUGACUCCAAUCGUUUUUCAGAGACAGGAAGCUUUUACAAUUUUUGUGAUUUUAAAGUUUUGUUUUACCCCCAUCUGUGUUUCUUCCUCUGUCAUUUGCUGGUGAAAUGUGUUGACUCAGUAAAAAUGUGAACCCAAACUUUGGAAAAUUUGGUGAUUUAAUGCCCCCCCCAACAACACACACGUCUGCUGUAUAUUCUUACAUCAGCAAAUUGUUCGCACACGCAUGUGAGCGAUAAAGGAAACCUAUCGGUCCGGAUAGAAGAAAUGAUUUGAACUCCAGGUUCCUCAAAGAAAAUGUUUCUUUACGAUAGGUUUGUGGUUUUAUAUUAAACUAAAAAUAAACUCAAAAA